AUGAGCCCUGUCCACGUCCCCUUCUGUCCACGUCCCCCUGCCCCUUCUGUCCACGUCCCCCUGCCCCUUCUGUCCACGUCCCCCUGCCCCUUCUGUCCACGUCCCCCUGCCCCUUCUGUCCACGUCCCCCUGCCCCUUCUGUCCACGUCCCCCUGCCCCUUCUGUCCACGUCCCCCUGCCCCUUCUGUCCACGUUCCGCCGCCCCUUCUGUCCACGUUCCGCCGACCCUUCUGUCCACGUCCCCCUGCCCCUUCUGUCCACGCCCCCCUGCCCCUUCUGUCCACGUCCCCCUGCCCCUUCUGUGCACGUCCCCCUGCCCCUUCUGUCCACGCCCCCUUGCCCCUUCUGUCCACGUCCCCCUGCCCCUUCUGUGCACGUCCCCCUGCCCCUUCUGUCCACGUCCUCCUGCCCCUUCUGUCCACGUCCCCCUGCCCCUUCUGUCCACGUCCCCUUCUGUCCACGUCCCCUUCUGUCCACGCCCCCCUGCCCCUUCUGUCCACGUCCCCCUGCCCCUUCUGUGCACGUCCCCCUGCCCCUUCUGUCCACGCCCCCUUGCCCCUUCUGUCCACGUCCCCCUGCCCCUUCUGUGCACGUCCCCCUGCCCCUUCUGUCCACGUCCUCCUGCCCCUUCUGUCCACGUCCCCCUGCCCCUUCUGUCCACGUCCCCUUCUGUCCACGUCCCCUUCUGUCCACGUCCCCCUGCCCCUUCUGUCCACGUCCCCCCGUCCCUUCUGUCCGUGUGCUCCUGAAUCAAACCUGACCUAUGGACCAGUCCCAGUCUGCACCCUGGACUCCUCUAGACCUAUGCACCAGCCCUCAUUCUGCACCCUGGACUCCUCUAGACCUAUGGACCAGUCCCAGUCUGCACCCUGGACUCCUCUAGACCUAUGGACCAGUCCCAGUCUGCACCCUGGACUCCUCUAG